AUGACAACAUGAAGAUGAACGGUACACCAAAGAUCUGAGAUUUCUCCGAUGUCUUUGCAGACAGUUCAUCAAAAUGACUAUGAGAAAGAUCCCUAUGCAAAGGAAUUUGGCAUUAGUAUAGACAACAAGCUUGCAUCUGUUGAGGCUCGGGUUCUUCCAGCUCCAUGGCUUAAGUAUCAUGAUACUGGAAAGGAAAAAGAAUACUUGCCUCAAGUUGGUCAGUGGAAUAUGAUGAACAAGAAAGUAAUAAAUGGAAGCACCGUCAGACAUUGGGCAUGCAUCAACUUCUCAAAAACCGUCCAAGAGAGCACUGCUUGUAGUUUCUGUCAACAGUUGGUUCAGAUGUGCCAAAUUUCUGGCAUGGAAUUUAAUCGGGACCCUGCAAUUCCAAUAUAUUCAGCCAGACCAGAUCAGGUAAAGAAGCCCUUAAAAUAUGUGUAUUAUGCUGUAAGGGAUAUACCAUAG